CCAGAAGUUAAACGUAAACGGGGCAGACCGCGCAAAAAUCCAAGUAUCGAUGUGAGCUCUCCAAAGCGUAUUCGACUCAACCUGAAAGGUAAAGCAAAAAAAAUCGAUAAAAUAUUGUCACCAAAAGAUACAGAUAAGAUACAAACUCCGGAAAGCAAUGAUGAAGUGCAUCAGACAGACACACAACAGGAGGUAAUUAGUAGUGAAGUACAGUCAUUAGAGUCUACUCAAGAGGACGAAAUAUUGGAUGAAAAAGGCGAGCAAAAAAUCACCAAAGAUGGUGAACUUUUGGGUGGUCGAAAAUUCAAAGUACCAGUUUUUCAAUUGCCUGCUCGCGGAGAAACUUGGUACAUGUGUUCCAUGGAUCCAUCUAAGGUCCUUGGAUUUCGUGAUAGUUAUACAUUUUUUACAAAAAAUUCAUCAUUAACGAGGAUUACUGCAACAAAUGAAGAACGUGAUUAUUUGAUUACUACUGGGCUUAUUCCAACAAAUCUUCGAAGUGGUAAGAAGCGACAAGACGACUAUUAUGAAUCCAAACUCGAAGCAGAAGCAAAUGAUAAUGACCAAAGCUCUGAUACAGAAAGCACUAAUAACUUAAAACUUUGUCGAAAAGAUGGUAUUAAAUUUUAUGAUCCUCAUACCAACAUUGAGCAAGUUCCUCGAGACAAACAACCCACAAGAAUUCGAACGGAAUUGUUAUCAUUAACAAGGAAUAACACGAUUAUCGAAUCAGAAAUCAAGUUUGAUACAGUUUCCAGGAAUCCGCUUGGAGUACUCAAAUCAGAGGUGAUGAAUGUUUUACCACCGGAUAUUCGAAAAAUUGUUGAAACUAUGAAUAACGAAGAGAUUGCAGUACAUAAAGAGAAUGAAUAUCCUAUUGCAUUGAUGAAAGGACAAUUCCAAGCUUCAUAUCCAUUGCAUAAUUCAAGAUUUCAACCUGAUCCUUCCGCUAAAGCACCCAAAUUUACGGCACCAUAUAUUUCUGCCAUUUCUGCAGCAACUAAUGAGGAUCAAUUUUAUAAUCAGAACAAUAACCAGAAUAUAAAGAGUAGCUUGCAAUUUAGCAAGGCGAACCCUCAAUACAUCUGUGCGGUUAUAACAGCAACUACCGGAAUGCCAUGCAGGCGUGCAGUGACAGCAAAUGGGGAAAGAUGUAUGUAUCACAGAAAUACACCAAGUGUGACCUGUCACACUGAUGGAAAAUCCAAUCUCGAAUCUGGAGCUUCGCAUUUGGCUCAGCAAACUGUCGUGACAGAAUCAUAUGUAACUACGACAGAUUCUAACGCACAACCUCUUACCAUUUCUACGGAUACCGUUUUUUCGGAGGAUGCUUGUGCACAGUGUUUAUCUGCUACUGCUCCCCCGACAACAAUUCCACCUGAUGGCGUAUUACCAUGCCCAAAUGAUUAUACUAUCAAAUCGAUGGAAAGCUACCAGUGGCAAUGCAACGAUUGCAAAACAUGUGUUGUAUGUCGGUCUUCAGGUGACGAGGCGACAUUGUUGAUUUGCGAUGACUGUGAUCGUGGUUGGCACCUUGAUUGUAGCUCACCGAAAGUAACCCAAGUACCAAGCGAGCUUUGGUUAUGCUCACUUUGUGCGCAAUGUAAUGCAUGUGGUGAGAAAGCAACAUCUUUAAAUGAUGCAGCAAGUGAUUAUCAUCAUGUCAAAACAACAGAGACAGCAAAUUAUCCGAUUUAUUUAGCUACUAUUUGCAAUAAAUGCCAAAACAAUUUCAUGAGAGAUUUAUUUUGUCCAGUGUGUCUUAAAACCUAUACAGAAGAUGGACAAGAAAAUGACGACGACAAAUAUAUGGUCUGCUGUGAUGGAUGCGAUCGAUGGAUUCACACUAGGUGUGAUGUGACUCUUACACCUGAAAAAUAUCAAGAAUUGGCGGAUAUUCCAGACGCUAAAUAUAUGUGUCCAUUAUGUGAGGGUCGUAUUCGACCACUAGAAGAAGGAAACAAGCAGCAAAAAAAAGCAUUGUCAGGGAAUCCUUUAGCUACACCUGUUGCAAUGACACCAAGUCACCCUAUUCGAGGUAUCAUAAGUUACAAGGGAAAGAAUGUAGCCGUACCGGAGAUUCAAGGAUGGGAAAAAAAUUAG